AUGUUCUGGAUUUUUAUCAUCGGGCUCCUGUAUAUACCAAGUUUUUUGUGUGACUUUACUGAUAAUGACUGCUAUGUAACAGUCAAGGAAGAUUUUCACCAAGAAGGAGAUGUGACAGUUUGUAUAUUUUUUCCUCUUCAUAUUUAUUACAGAACCAAAACUAUUCUAAAGGAAAUAUCUUUCCAUGAUUUUCACAUACAGUAUCAGCUUAAGAACUACCAGUUCAUUCUGGCCUUGGUAUUUGCCAUUGAAGAGAUCAACAGAAAACCUAAUCUUCUACCAAACACAACUCUGGGCUUUGAUCUCUAUAAUGUUGCACAUUAUGAAAGAAAUAUCCUUCUUGCUCCCUUUGUUUGGCUCACAAAUUUGAGGCAACCUCUAGCUAAUUACAACUGUGGGUUGAAGAGAAUGUCACCUGCUGCACUCAUAGGAACAUCAUGGACAAUAUCUUCCCAACUUGGGAAACUGCUAAACCUUUAUAGAAUACCUCAGCUCACAUUUGGGCCUUUUGAUUCUACCUUAUAUGACUGAAGUCAGUUUAAUUCUCUAUAUCAGAUAGCCCCCAAGGACACAUUUCUGUCACUUGCCAUAGUUUCUUUGAUGGCUUCAUUCAGCUGGUCCUGGGUUGGUCUGAUCCUCCCAGAUGAGCACAGAGAGAAUCAGAUUCUGUCAGACUUGAGAGAAGAUAUGGAGAGUAAUAGCAUCUGCAUAGCCUAUUUGAAAAUGCUCCCUGGUUCCUGGAAUUCAUAUUCCAGUACAUUAUGAAAGGAUCUGGUAAAGAUUCAUGAAUCAUCAGCUAGUGUGAUAGUUAUUUAUGGGGACAUUGUUUCUUUGCAAAGUUUAAUGCGACAUAUUGAGCAACUUUUAGUGACAUGGAAAGUCUGGAUAUUGAACUCUCAAUGGAAUGUUGAUAACAUUGCUGAUUAUUUCAUGGUAGAGUCAUUUCAUGGAAUCCUCACUUUUUCACACCACCAUGAAGUGAUGGUUGCAAAUUUUAUUCCUACAGUUACUCCCUACAAAUACCCAGAAGACACUUACCUUCCUAAGUUUUGGUUUUUGUUCUUCAAGUGCUCAUUUUCUGAGUCUGAUUGUCAACUUUUGGAAAACUGCCAACCCAAUGCUUCUUUGGAGUUACUGUCCAGACACCUUUUUGACCCAUCCAUGAGUGAAGAGAGCUACAAUAUAUACAAUGCUUUGUAUGCUAUGGCCUUCAGCCUCCAUGAGAUGAACCUCCAACAAAUACAGAAACAGCCAUAUGCUAAUGGAGAAAGAAAGGAAUUCUUCCCCUGGCAGUUCCUUCCUUUCCUAAAUAACUUCCUCCUGAAAAAUCAUGUGAGAGAUCACAUAGUAAUGAAUGGCCAAAACUACUUAGAUAUAAAGUAUGAUAUUCUCAAUUUUUGGAAUUUUCCAAAGGGUCUUGGAUUAAAGGUGAAAGUAGGAACCUUUUCUUCAGAUGCUCCCCUUGGUCAACAGUUGUCUUUAUCUGAGCAGAUGAUUCAAUGGCCUACAAUAUUUGCAAAGAUUCCUCAGUCUGUGUGCAGUGAGAGCUGUAGGCCUGGAUUCGGGAAGUCUGCACAGGAAGGCAAGGCUGUCUGCUGCUUUGAUUGCACUGCUUGUGCAGACAAUGAGAUUUCCAAUGAAACAGAUACGGUCCAAUGUGUGAUUUGCCCAGAAAGUCACUAUGCAAACUCAGAGAAGAACCACUGCCUCCAGAAAUCUGAGGGCUUUUUAUCCUAUGAAGACCCUUUGGGGAUGGCUCUCACCACCACAGCACUGUGCUUCUCUGCACUCACAGCAGUGGUUCUUAUUGUCUUUGUGAAUCACAAAGACACACCCAUUGUCAAGGGCAAUAAUAAGGCUCUCAGCUAUACCCUGCUAUUGACACCCAUCAUCUGCUUCCUCAGUUCCUUGCUCUUCAUUGGUCAGCCCAACACAGCCACCUGCAUCUUGCAGCAGACAGAAUUUGGAAUUUUGUUCACUGUGGCUCUCUCCACAGUGUUGGCCAAAGUUAUCACAGUGGUUAUUGCAUUCAAGGUCACUGUUGCAGCUAGAUUGGUGAGGUGGUUAAUGGUAUCAAGGGCACCUAACUUCAUCAUUCCCAUCUGCACACUGAUCCAACAUGUUCUCUGUGGAAUCUGGGUGUUUACCUUUCCACCCUUCAUUGAUCAUGAUGCUCAUGCUGAACGUGGCCACAUCAUCAUUGUGUGCAACAAAGGAUCAGCAGUUUCCUUCCACUGUGUCCUGGGAUACCUCUGCUCCUUGGCACUUGGGAGCUACACCAUGGCCUUCUUGUCCAGAAAUUUGCCUGACACAGUCAAUGAAGCCAAGUUCCUGCUAUUCAAUAGCUUUGGCUCCUGGCAAUUCAGCAUGGAUGAGUUCUUCUGUGUGUGGGUCACCUUCCUCCCUGUCUACCACAGCACAAAGGGGAAGGUCAUGGUGGCUAAGGAAGUCUUCUCUAUCUUGGCUUCCAGUGCAUUUCUGCUUGGUUUCAUCUUUGCCCCCAAGUGCUACAUCAUUUUGUUAAGACCAGAUAAGAACUCCUGUCUUGACAUCAGGCACAAAACUCAUUCAAGAAGGAAGUCAGUUAAAUUUUAG